UGGGCGGGAGAGAAGAGGAGGCGGGGCAGACGGAGAGCUGGAAUUGUCCGUUCAGAGGGGGAGUCCCCUAAUUUACCCUCCGUCCUUCACCACGAAACGUUCAGUUGAUAGAGAGGGCCCCUCGGCCCAAGUCUGGACAUCAGAAAUCGAGGCCCAAACGAGGGGAAAACAUGGCCCAGGGUUGAGUUUCGAGAGAGGCAGCCUCCGGCCCCUAGCCUGCCUGGAGAGGGAAAAUCCGGAAAGAUUCACCCCGAGUCCCAGAAAGAUUCAUUUGAGGGUCAGAGCCUAGACAGAUCUCGAGGGAGGGAGACCAGUCAGCAGGCAAGAGGGGAAUCCCUGGGAGUGUCUGGCCGUCCGAUGGGUCAAGGUUCUGAGUAAAUGAAUUGGGGUCCGGGAUGGAGGAGAAUCUAGGGUGUGAGUGGAUGCUCUGGGUGGAUGGGCGGGGUGAGUGGAGUGUCCCAGGGAGUUGUACGUCUCCCGUUAAACCGAGUCGCAGAGAGGGGAGUCUGGGGAGCUGGGCGGAGGUGGGGGUGUGCGUUUAGGGGCGGGGCGGCCGUCUCGGUCCCCCCUGUUGGAGCCCCGCGGCCUGGGAGCCCGAGCCCGAGCUUAGCUUCUGCUACUGCCGCCGGGGCCGGAGCUGUCCCCCAGCCAGACCAAGUGAGAGCCACUGGAGGAAGGGAGGCGGUGCGCCCCGGCCCCGCCUGGACGUAGCCGCGGACUGGGGCCCCGGCGCCCCUGAGCCAUGGAGCCAGAGCCAGUAGAAGACUGUGUGCAAAGCACCCUGGCCGCACUGUACCCCCCCUUUGAGGCAACUGCACCCACCCUGCUGGGCCAGGUGUUCCAGGUGGUAGAGCGAACCUACCGGGAAGAUGCCCUGCGCUACGCCCUGGAUUUCUUGGUGCCUGCUAAACACCUUCUCGCCCGGGUCCAACAGGAGGCCUGUGCCCAGUACAGCGGCUUCCUCUUUCUGCACGAGGGCUGGCCCCUCUGUCUGCACGAGCAGGUAGUGGUGCAGCUGGCCGCCCUGCCAUGGCAGCUGCUUCGCCCUGGAGACUUCUACCUACAAGUAAUACCCUCGGUGGCCCGAGCCCCGCGCCUGGCCCUCAAGUGCCUGGCCCCGGGGGGCGGACGGGUACAGGAGCUUCCAGUGUCCUCAGAAGCCUGUGCCUACCUUUUCACUCCUGAGUGGCUGCAGGGCAUCAACAAAGACCGACCAGCAGGCCGGCUCACCACAUGCCUUCUGGCAUCACCCACAGGAGUCCAGCGGCUGCCCUGGGCUGAGCUCAUCUGUCCACGCUUUGUGCAUAAAGGCAGUCUCAUGGUGGGACAGCGUCCGGUCUCUCUGCCCCCAGAGCUCCCCCCAGGACCCCCUGGGCUCUCUAGCCCACCACUGCCGGAGGAGGCCCUGGGCACCAGAAGCCCUGGGGAUGGGCACAAUGCCCCGGCAGAAGCCCCAGAGGGCGAGUAUGUGGAGCUGUUAGAGGUGACCCUGCCAGCCCGAGGGUGUCCAGAGGAUACAGCGAGCUCCCCCAGCCUCUCCAGGACUCAAACUGUACCUACCAGGAAAGGUGCGGGAGGAAAGGGACGACACAGACGACAUCGGGCAUGGCUGCACCAGAAGGGGACGGUGCCCCGGGGCCAAGAUGGGACUCGGCCCCCCGGAGAAGGGAGCAGCGCUGGAGUCAACACUGGCUCUCCCCCACGAGUGGAAUCACCUCAAGAAGAGGGAACACUCCAUGCUCCUGAGCUCCCAGCUGAGGCCCCAGGAGGGGAGAUUGGCCCUUUCCCUCUGAGACCAAAUGAAGGAGGGGAUGGGCCAGGCCAGGGGGAGGAGGGACUGGCGGGGACACCCCGAAAAUCAGGCAAAGGAAACAGAAGGAAGAAGCGUGGGGGAGGCAGAGGAACUCCUGGGCAGGGAGCAGAAAGUGUGCCAUCAAUUCCCCAGAACAAAGAGGAGACCAGUCAUCCUGAGGCUCUCACCAGCCUGGCCCCCCAGAAUGAGAAAGAGCUCUCAGGCUUCCACCUGCUACAAGAGGAAGAGCCCAAAUGUACAGGAAAGACUGAUCCAGAGCAAGUAAAGGAAGAAGAGCCUAUCCCCUCUUCUGCCUGUGAGUCUACAGAGGAGGGAACAGGAGAAGCAGAGCCCAGAGGGCAGAGUCUGGCUGCUGCAGAAGUAUCCACAGACCCAGUAGAACUCCUCUCUGGGCCCCCAGUGCCACCAUCUAAGGCUGGGAAGGAGGACAAGGAAGAUGGUAGCCCUGAAGGGUGUACUUCAGCUUUGGCUAAUGAUGACUCCAACGUGACCUGGGACUUGAUGGCAUCUGGGUUUUUCCUGCUGGCUGGUGGGGUGGACCAGAGUGGCCGGGCCUUGCUGACCAUCACUCCACCAUGCCCUCCUACGGAGCCUCCACCCACACAGGCAGAGAUGAGGACGGCUCUUUGUUACCUCCACUCGCUGCUCAGGUCUGACCUGAAGAUGCUGGGGCUGUCGGUGCUCCUAGACCUCCGGGGUGCUCCCCUGCUCCCCCCAGGACUAAUUCCUGUUCUAAAUGACCUCCAGGAUUCCAGAGAGCACCCUGUGAAGAUACAGCGCCUGAUGAUUCUGACUGAGAAUGAGUCUGCCACUGAGCUCAGCGAGCUUCAGAGAGCUGAAUUGCUAUCAGAAAGUGACCUCCCUACUGUGGCCAAGCCUGAAGAGCUUCAGAAAGACCUAGGGGGUGACAGGGACGCUUCUGCACAGCGCUGGACAGAAACACAUCAGGAAGUAGCAAGGCUCUGCCACCUGUGCCACGAUGUCCUGGGCUCUGUCCGGGAGGCCACGGAGGAGCUCCAAAGGGCUGUGGAGCCUCAAGGAGAGGUGGAGGGAACCCCGGAUCCCCUGCGGAAGGUGCUAGCGGAUCCCCGGCUAGCAGAGCUGCAGAGGGACGGAGGAGCCAUUCUCAUGAGGCUCCGAGCAGCCCACAGCAGCCGGUUGGAGGGUCCAGGCCCAGCCCUUCUGUACCAGGAAGUGGAUGAAGCCAUUCACCAGCUCGUGCGCCUGUCCAACCUCUACCUACAGAGGCAGGAGAACCAGAGACAGCGGCACCGGCUCCUCCAGGUGCUGCAGUGGCUUUCUGGCCCAGGAGAAGAGCAGCUGAUGAGCUUUACUGAGCUUGGAGACUCCCUCCCUGCCCUGCAGGAGACAGAGAUCCGUUUCCAAGCCUUCAGUACGGAAGCCCAGGAGCAGCUGGCCCAGGCUCGGGAGGCCUUGACCCUGGAGGAGGACCCUACCACCCAGCAGGCCCUGGAUGACUUUGAGCAGCGACUGGAACAAGUAGAGAGUAGCCUCCAUCGGGCUCUCCGGCUACACCGUUUCUUUCAGCAGGCGCACGAGUGGGUGGACGAGGGAACAGCCAAAUUAGCAGGCACGGGACCAGGUAGGGAGGCUGUCCUAGCAGCCCUGGCCCCCGUGCCCAGUGCAGGCACCUUCCAAGAAAUGCGGGCACUGGCCCUGGAACUGGGCAGCCCAGCAGCACUCCGAGAGUGGGGCCGCUGCCAUGCCCGAUGCCUGGAACUGGAGAGGAGGGUUCAAGAGUUUCUGGGGGAUGAAACAAGUCCACAAGGCCGAUGCCGGCGCCGGGCUGACAGCACAAGCAGCGGAGGAGGCAGACAGGGCCCGCUCAGCCCGUCUUGGAGUCUCUGCUCUUUGCUGCUCCCCAAUAGCCCUGGACCCCGACCAGCUCCUUCUCACUGUUCUCUGGCACCCUGUGGGGAAGACAGUGAGGAAGAGACCCCAGAACUUGCCCCUGAGGCCCAGAGCAAGCCACGGCCUGGAACUACCCGAGCCGUAUUGAUCCGGGGCCUCGAGGUCAGCAGCACCGAGGUGGUAGACAGGACCUGCUCCCCGAGGGAACACGUACUGCUAGGCCGAGCUGGAGUCCCUGAUGGGCCCUGGGGGGUUGGCACCCCUCGGAUGGAGCGCAAAAGAAGCAUCAGCGCUCAGCAGCGGCUGGUGUCAGAGCUGAUCUCUUGUGAGCAGGAGUACGUAACAGUGCUGGGGGAGCCAGUGCCCGCGCCAGGGCCUGAGCUGACGCCGGACCUCCGAGCUGACUGGGCUGCAGCCCUGGCUGCCCGCGAGCGCCUCAGAAACUUCCACCGAGGGCAUUUCCUCCGGGAGCUACAGGGCUGUACUUCACACCCUCUUCGAGUGGGAGCUUGUUUCUUGAGACAUGGGGACCAGUUCAAUUUGUACGCUCAGUAUUUGAAACAGCGGCUUAAACUGGAAGCUGGCCUGGCUGCGCUCAGCCCCCCUAACAAAGGCUCCACAGAAGGCAGCCCCUACCUGCCCCGGUUCCUACAGCAACCUCUGGAACAGUUAGCUCGAUAUGGGAAACUCUUGGAGGAGCUGCUGAAAGAGACGGGGACUGAGCCAAGUUCUGAACGCCAGGCCCUGGCGGCUGCCCUGCAGAUGCUAAGGGACCAAGAGGACAGAGGCCGAGAUCUGUUGGCUGUGGAGGCUGUACGUGGCUGUGAGGUGGAUCUAAAGGAGCAAGGGCAACUAUUGCACCGGGAUCCAUUCACUGUCUUCUGUGGGAGGAGGAAAUGUCUGCGCCAUGUCUUCCUCUUUGAACAUCUCCUCCUUUUCAGCAAACUCAAGAGCCCAGAGGGUGGACCUGAGGUUUUUGUUUACAAGCAGGCCUUCAAGACUGCCGACAUGGGGCUGACAGAGAACAUUGGGGACAGUGGGCUCUGCUUUGAGCUAUGGUUCCGAAGACGACGUUCCCGGGAAGCAUACACACUUCAGGCCCCUUCAUCGGAGAUCAAACACAAGUGGACAAGUUCUAUUGCCCAGCUGCUUUGGAGACAAGCAGCCCACAACAAGGAGCUUCGAGUGCAACAGAUGGUAUCCAUGGGUAUCGGAAACAAACCUUUUUUGGACAUCAAAGCCCUGGGGGAGAGGACCCUGAGUGCCCUGCUCACAGGGAGAGCUGCCCGAACCCGGGCCUCCGUGGCUGUCUCUUCUUUUGAGCAUGCUGGUCCCUCCCUACCCUGUCUCUCCCCGGGAGCCUGCUCCCUGCCCGCCCGCGUCGAGGAAGAGGCCUGGGACCUGGACAUCAAGCAGAUCUCCCUGGCACCUGAAUCACCUGACUCUUCUGGAGAAGUGUCCCCAGGAGCAAGGAGCAGUCCCAGCCUGCAGCCCCCCAGCCUUGGGAGCAGCACCCCUAUCAUGCCAAGCGGAGGGAUCUUGGGGUUUGGCCGUCCGAGCCAUUCUCGAGCCCCAAGUGACCCCACCACCCCUCUGUGACUCUGGAGCUCUGGGAGUAGGUCCAGAACUCAACAGGAGCACCACCUUUGGAGCACAUGAUGGGUUUGGGGUAGAGGCAAAAGAGAAUGUCAUGCUGCUUCCUUUCAUUUUAUUUUCUAGGGGAAAAGGGUUAAGGGAUCAGUGCAUUAUUAUACUGCCUCCCCAUCCCCUGCUCUUCCUAGCUUGGUGCCUUUGCCCAAAGGACCCCAGGGGACCGUAUCUCGCUCGCCACUUAAACCCUGCAAUAGAAAUCCUCCCCUUUCCCUUUCUUCCUCAACCCUAACUCAUCAUUUCCUAGGAAAUACAUCAUUGCACAUGCCCAGGGGGGUCACUCCCAGUACUCUCCAUCCACACCUUCAUUUCUCUUCCCACCAUCUUACUCCUCCCUAAAGGAAUUCAUCUCUGCCAGGCAAACUGGAGUAUUCUGGGAACUGGACCAUCAGAGGAGACAGAACUAUGCAAAUUGUGGUGGGAUGGAGAGUUUGGGGAACCUGAAGAUGUCUUCUAUGUAAUUACUGUUAUUAUAAUUACUAUUGCCAUAUUAAAUAUAUUUACUGGAAUCA